GCGUCCCGAGCCCCGGCUCAGCUGCAGCGCGGUCGGGAAGUGGAAGGUCCCGCCGGUCGGUUUCUCGGGCCCGUUACCUUUCCUCCGCCGAUCAAAUCGGCCCCUGGAAGGUCUCGAGAGCCGCCGCCCUUCCCUCUGUUUGGGCCCCCCCCCACUUCACUCCAGCAGACAUGAUCAUCCGACUGGGCCGACUGACACCUGGAUACUUCCGUCUCCUCCAGUCUGCCAUCGGCCGACCUCUGACCCUCAGCCUUGUUUUGCAGAGGCAAGUGGCCGGGGAGGUGCGGACGCAGCCACAGGACCGCGCCGUCAACCAGCUGGCCAUGAUGCUGGCCAUCAUGGGCCUGAGCUUGUCCUACUACAGCGCCAAGCAGAUGACUGAGGACGUCCCCGCGCCGCCCCCGCCCUGAGGAGACUCUGACCAGCCAAUGGGGAGAGAAGGAGGGAGGGAAGAGAGUGAAGAAGACCACUAUGACGGGGGGCGUUUUCCUGGUUCUGGUUUGGGUGGGCGAUGAGAACCAAACGAGUGGCACCUGGUUCUGACCCUUAGUCGUUUACCGAGGCGCAUGCUUGCAAGAUGCCGUCAAUGCUGCUCUGAGCAACACAAAGGGAACGCUCAUUUUGCCAGUGCUCAAAGGGGGAGGGGGGGGUCAAAUAAAAAGAACAGUAAUGCCUCUUUUUUUUUUUUAAAGGGAUAGGCUGACUGCAGUUGAGAUGCACCUUGAAACGAAGCGAUGGCAGGCUCACAACAUGGUGAAAGGGGCUAAUAAGUUAGAACGUUCUUUUCUUCACUAGAGCUUUAUGCAAAAACCUUUAGUGUAUAAAUACUCGUAAAAUGUGUCUGUUUGGUGUUGGAUUCAUCGAGUAGAUGUGCAAUAGUGCAGAGACCUUUUUUCUUUUGAGUGAGACAUUGGAUCCUCGAGCAACUCCCCACUUUUUAGUGUUUGUUUUUUUUCUUUAAUUUCUCACUACCAAAUGAAGUCCUGUUGAAAUGUAUGACUUUGUUUGUCUUAAAUCACACUGUUUAAGAAACCUUCCUGCUGACCUUUAACUUCACUGAACAUCGCAUGGGGGGGUGCAGACUUUUAAUCAGUGCAAAAAUAAGAACAAUCUUGUUUUUUUUAUUUUAAUGAUGGAUGAAUGUAUUACUUUUAUUUUGUAACGAUUGAAUAAAGCUGUGAAUAUUUUGAGA